UCACUUCCGGUCUCCAUUCGUCCUCUCUUUCUCUGUCUCUACCUCUCUCUCUCAGAUGAUGGACACUCAGAAGGAAGCUCUGUGCAGGAUCAUCAGCACGUUAGCCAAUAAGAAUGAAGAACUCCAAAACUUCCUGGAAACAGUCGACAGCACACUGACGGGACUCCAGGAUGAGACAUGUAAGGUGAUGUCAGAGCUGGAGGCGGAGCUCGAGCAGUUAAGCUCCACCCUCGAGGAGAAGGGGGCGGUGCUUCGUGAUGUAAUUAAAGAGGAGAAGCAGAGGAAAGAGGCGGAGCUUCAGAAGCAGCUGUCGGAGGGAAAGUCUGCUCUGCUGUCGUGUGAAGAACUGCUCGAGUUUGCAAAUCAGACACUGACGAUCUCCAACGAAGAACAAUUCUUAAAGGCUGCAAAACAAAUCAAAGAAAGGGUAACCAUGGCUCCUGCUUUCCGGCUGACGGCUCGUCCGGCGGCGUCGGAAAACAUGUCGCAAUUUACUGUCGACUUCAGCGCGGAGAGGGCGGGGCUUCAGCGACUUCACUUCCUGCCAGUUCCCAGAGCUCCAGAGAUCGACGUCUCCAGCUGUGUUGUUCGUGAUAACACCAUCCUUGUUGCCUGGCAACCGGCCGCUGAGGCUGACAGCGAUGUCGAGGGCGUCAGUGGACGAAUCGAACGCUACGAACUGGAAUACCGAAAAACAAACCAGGACAGCUCGCUGAGAGCCGCAGGAGAGGCAUGCUGGGAAAAAAUCCAAGACAUCAAAGAGACAAACGUCAUCAUCUCAGGUCUGAAGUUUGACUCUCGCUUCGUCGUCGUUCGAGUUCGAGCAAGGAACAAAGCUGCAGCUGGCGAGUUUUCUGAGCCCGUUGCCGUGGAAACCAGAGCGUAUAACUUUGGCUUCGAUGCGGUGACGGCUCACGCUGAGCUGAAGGUUCAGGGCGACACCGUGACCUGGGAGCCGCAGGGGGUCAAAGGUCACGACCCCCGACUGAGAGGAAAAGAGAAUAAAAGCAGCAGCAGAAGUGCGACACCGUCACCCAAUAAAACGGCAGGAAGUCGAGCAGGACGCGACCGAUUCGCUGGAGAGUCGUACACAGUGCUGGGCGACCAGGAGAUGGCUGCCGGCUGUCACUACUGGGAGCUCCGCCCCCUCAGCGACUGGAAGUCGUUCAGCGUGGGCGUGGCCUAUCGGUCCAGCCUCGGCCGCUUUGACCAAUUAGGGAAGAGUGCCGGUUCGUGGUGUCUCCAUGCUAGCCAAUGGCUGCAGAGUUCGCUUGCUGCGAAGCACAACAAUAAAGCGAAGGCUCUGGAUUGGCCGCUGCCUCAGCGAAUCGGAAUCUACUGCGACUACGACAACGGUGAUUUAUCGUUCAUCGACGUUGAUCGUCAUCGUCUCCUUCACUCCUUCAAAACAAAGUUCAGCCAGCCGCUGCUCCCCGCCUUCACAGUUUGGUGCGGUGGUAUCACCAUAACAACGGGCCUGCAGGUGCCGAGCUUCAUGGGUAAUUUCCUCUCCACCAGUCGGAGCCUCAGCAACCUGUCGCAGUAGAUCGACUUUCUCUUAUCACCUGUUUUUAUUUUAUUUUUGAUAAUUAUCAUUAAUUUAUUCAUUUUAUACAUUUGUAUUUAUUCAUUUUAAAUUAUACCAUAAAUUAUAUUAUAUAACAUAUAUAUAUAUAUGUAGAAAAUACUUGUGAAUUGUUGUCUUUAUCAAAUAUGAUCUGGAAAAAUAAAAUAAAUGUGAUAUUUUAAGACCUUUAAUGAAUUAAAAAGAUAUAUUGAUUAUUGUUACCUGCUCUGCUUUGACAGUCUGCACCUUAAACCAUAGUUUAAGUUUGAGUGCUUUUACUUUGAAGAUACACUAAUACUGUCUGUUAGCUCAGGCUUUUAUUUUUGACAGAUUUUGUAAAAGAGGAAAACAGAGUGGCGUUCACAAGUGCUGACUGCUGUUUGCAACCGUGUGUAUAAACACCAGCUGGAGAUAUAAAACUUUAUUUAAACAUUAAAUGGCAGGAAAGAGGAAACAGUAAAGACCUCAUCGGCUUUUAAUAGUAAACCUUUUAUUUCUAAAUGGCAGACUUUUAUUUUGAAGACAGCAAUAGGAAAAAAAUAUUGCUUAUUCCCUCUGGCUUUUAUUUUGAAAGCUGUAACAAGCUGUGAUUUAUGUUGGUUAAUGAAGAAGUUUUAUAUUGGGUUUCUGUGAAAGACUUUUAUUAUGAAAUACUUGACUAGAUGUAGUGUUUUGCAGUCCUACUGACUUUUAUUUUGAAGGUUAUGAUAGAACUGUGUCACUCUGACCAAAUGGCAGACUUUUAUUUUGAAGAUCGCAUCAGGAAAAAAAAAGAUUGCCUGUUCCCUCUGACUUUUAUUUUGAAGGCUAUACCAAGCUGUGAUUUGUGUGGAAGUUAAUGAGGAAGUUCUAUGUUGCAUUUGUGUGAAACACUUUUACUAUGAAAGACUUGAUAGAUUUAUUGUUGUGCAUUCCUACUGGUUUUAUUUAGAAGGUUAUGAUCAAACGUUCUUGCACUUUCACAAAAUGGCAGACUUUUAUUUUGAAGAUAGCAUCAGGAAAAAAAAGAUUGCCUAUUCCCUCUGGCUUUUAUUUUGAAGGCUGUACCAAGCUGUGAUUUGUGUGGAAGUUAAUGAGGAAGUUCUAUGUUGAAUUUGUGUGAAACACUUUUAUUAUGAAAGACUUAAAUAGAUAUAAUGUUGUGCAUUCCUACUGACUUUAAUUUUGAAGGUUUUGUUUGAUCUUUCUGUCACUUUGAUCAAAUGACAGACUUUUAUUUUGAAGAUAAAUGUCAAAUUGUACUUUUAUAGUUUUGUCUUGUUUUUUCACUUGAUCUUGAGAAUCAGGAUGAAAUUUAUUUUCAGUUUUUAAUAAAUGAAAUAAUAUCUGACCUGUAAUCAGAGAUCAUUUAUACCGAAAAUCUAAUAAUUUAAAUGGUUUGUAUUUAUUGAUCACAUCAUCUGUGUCACAUCUGAAAUCAGCUCUGAUUCAAUUAUUUAUA